CCCGAUGGGGCCGGCCCGGAGCCGCCCGCGGCAGCGCUGAGCCGCACGGAGCCACCAGCCUGUGGAUGAUGGGCACGACCGCCAGCACGGCUCAGCAGACGGUCUCAGCCUCUGCCUUUGAGAGUGUGCACGGCAUUGGCACCAUGGAGGACCAGCGCUCCCUGAGCAUCCACUCGUUCCAGACCCUCGGGCUGCACAAUAGCAAGGCCAAGUCCAUCAUCACCAACAAAGUGGCACCAGUGGUCAUCACGUAUAACUGCAGGGAGGAGUUCCAGAUCCAUGAUGACCUGCUGAAGGCCAACUACACGGUGGGACGCAUCUGUGAGACCACACUGGAGCACUACCUGGUGCAGGGGAAAUAUUUCAUGGUCAGAGAUGUGUACAGCAAGUUGGAUGUCUUGAACACUACCAGCACCAGUGGUGCUCCGAAUUUCCGGCAAGCCAAAGGAGGCUAUGCGGUGUUUGGUAUGGGUCAGCCCAGCCUCAAUGGCUUCAAGCUUGUGCUGCAGAAGCUGCAGAGAGAAGGCCACAAGGAGUGUGUCGUCUUCUGCGUGCGUGAGGAACCCGUGCUGUUCUUGCGGGUGGAGAGUGACUUUGUGCCCUACACACCACGGGGCAAGGAGAACCUCCAUGAGAACCUCCACAGUUUGCAGAGGAGGCUGCGUGUGGAAGACCUGGAGCUCACCAUCCGCAAAGAGAUCCAUGACUUUGCACAGCUGAGCGAAGGAGUCUACUAUGUCUACAAUGACAUUGAGCGCUUUCGGGACGAGCCGCACACUGUGCGGGUGCAGGGUGAGGAAGACAUCCAUGUGACAGAGGAGGUGUAUCGCCGGCCCAUCUUCCUCCAGCCCACCUACCGCUACCACCGCCUGCCCCUGCCCGUGGAUGGGGCCCCUCUGGAGGAGCAGUUUGAUGCUUUCAUCUGUUUUCUUAGGGAGAGCCCUGGCCUGCUGCUGCGGGAUCCCAGCUACCCCCCGCCAGCACUGCUCUUCAGCUGCCAGACUGGUGUGGGCAGGACCAACUUGGGCAUGGCCUUGGGCACCCUUAUCCUCUACCAUCACCGGGGAGCAGCACCAAAGCCUGACCCGCCGCAUCCAGCCAAAACGACUCCAAGGGCCAGGUUUCGGGUCAUCCAGAGCUUCAUUGAGAUGGUACCCAAAGGGCAACAGAUGGUGGAGGAGGUGGACAGUGUGAUUGCCUCCUGCUCAGAGAUGCACGACAUGAAGGAAGCUAUCUAUGAGUCCAAGAAGAAGCUGGAAGGGAUUGGAGAAGACUACCAGAUCCAGGGGAACAGCACCAAAGAAUAUUUCCUUCAGAGGACUCUGCAGAGCCUUGAACGCUAUUUCUACCUGAUUGCCUUCAAUUACUACCUUCACGAGCAGUACCCCCUGGGCUUUGCCCUCAGCUUCAGCAGGUGGAUGUGCCGGCACCCUGAGCUCUACCGGCUGCAGGCGAGUAUGAACUCCUCUGAGCUUACCGUCUCCGGGGACCUCAUCACCAAGGGGAUGCGAGUGUUGGUGGUGGAUGAGCGCUUCUGUCCAGAUGUGCUGAGCACUGUGAAGGAGAUGAGCGUAGCCAAUUUCCGACGAGUGCCUAAGAUGCCCGUCUAUGGGACAGCACAGCCCAGCUCCAAGGCCCUUGGCAGCGUCCUGCGGUACCUGACAGAUGCAAAGAGAAAGCACUCGCACAUCUUGUGGGUCAGCCUGCGGGAAGAGGUGGUGCUGGAGGGGAAUGAGCAAAUCUACACACUCAGGGAGCCAGGAAGCCUCGACCAGCUCAUCCCUGUGCCGGUAUCCACACCUGAACAGCUGGAGAAACUUGAGUCCACGCUGAAGGGUGACCUGCUGAAGUCACAGAAGUGGCUGGAGGUCUACCUGGAAGCAGAGAAGCAGAUGAAGAUGUUCAAGAGCUGUCUGACCACGCAGGAAAUCUUCAACCAGCACAAGAGCACCUUCCAGGGCCUGACCUACCGGCGCAUCCCAGUCCCUGACUUCUGUGCUCCCAGGGAGCAGGAUUUUGACCGGCUGCUGGAGGCGAUGAAGAGUGCUCUGGCUGAGGACUCACGGACAGCCUUUGUGUUCAACUGUGCCAGUGGCCGGGGCAGGACCACUACAGCCAUGGUCAUCGCUGUCCUCACGCUCUGGCACUUCAAUGGCAUCCCUGAGAUGAGUGAUGAGGAGAUUGUGAGUGUGCCUGAUGCCAAGUACACUAAAGGGGAGUUCGAGGUAGUGAUGAAGGUGGUCCAACUCCUGCCUGACGGUCACCGGAUGAAGAAGGAGGUGGAUAUGGCCCUGGACACGGUCAGUGAGACCAUGACACCCAUGCAUUACCACCUCCGAGAAAUCAUCAUCUGCACCUACCGGCAGGAUGGGCGAGCUCCAUGGGGACAUCUCUGCUUUGACUGGCAGGCGCAAACUGGAAGAAAGGUGUGCGCUUCCAGGUGUACGUAGCCCCACUGUGGGCAGGUUUUUGUUGCAUCCUGCUCUUUGUUCAGUCUUGGGUUGAAGGGAGCAGCGUUUGGUGCCUUGCAAGGGACACUUUGCAGGGUCAGGACAAGCAGGAUGGGAGGAAAAUGUGCUCUGGUGCUCAGCUCAUAUUCUUUCCUACUCCUUCCCAUCCUAAACUGGGAGGAAAAGAUAGAUUGAUGCCUUCCUUCCGCUUCUGGAGGAUGUGUUGUUUGGGGAGGCUUCCUUGAUGGGAGCUUCUGCAGAAGCUGGCAGCAACAGCCAGCUGAUUCCUUCAGUCUCAGCUACAGCAGAGAGAUCCAACAAGACUUGCAUGUUCAUAUGAUCCAUCAAGAUGAUGACAUCCAUUAGGUUCCUUGGUUUAGUGGGCAUUUCUGUGGGGUCAUGUUACUCAAUUGUUGUUGUCUUUAAUGCAGUUGUUUCCUGCCUGUUUCCCACCUUUUCUAACCAAACAUGAAGCCAAGUUCUUGUCAGGAUCUGCUCUGUGCAAGUACCCAUGCAUACACCUGGGGCUGACAUCUUUCCCAGUGCAGAACUGAUCACAUUUAGAGCCAUACUCAUAGCAAUACCAUCAGCUGGGGAAGGAAAAAUAGCAAAGCAUGGUUUUCAAGGAUGGGAACACUUGUUUCCAAAACCUGUAGGGAAUGGCUUGCAAGGGGAGAGAGGCAGGAUGCUGGGCACAGGCACGUGUUUAGUAACACCUCCUCUAUUUCUGAGGGUUGCAGGACUCAAAGGGAGGCUUUUUGUAUGCUGCAAGCCACAGCACUAUGAGAGCUUGGGCUGCCAAGUAGAUUC